CACGAACGAAAGUGCUUGUGAUGAGCAAAGACGAUUAGUAGUGUCGAUAAGCCAAUAUUCUGCAGAAAUUAGCCAGAAUCUUCAGGUAUCUACAAAUAUAAUAAAUAACCACCCUCGCAUGUGAGGGUACUAUGUGGUGGUGCUGUUCUUCUUCCGCUAGUUCAGGACCGAUGGCUGCGAUACGCAAAAAAUUAGUGAUCGUAGGUGACGGUGCUUGCGGUAAAACAUGCCUGCUGAUCGUGUUCAGCAAGGACCAGUUCCCGGAAGUGUACGUGCCUACCGUGUUCGAAAACUACGUCGCCGACAUCGAGGUUGAUGGCAAACAAGUGGAACUGGCGCUGUGGGAUACGGCCGGCCAGGAGGACUACGACCGGCUGCGGCCGCUGUCCUACCCCGACACUGACGUGAUCCUCAUGUGCUUCUCGGUGGACUCGCCCGACUCGCUCGAGAACAUCCCCGAGAAGUGGACGCCCGAGGUGAAGCACUUCUGCCCCAAUGUGCCCAUCAUCUUGGUGGGCAACAAGAAGGAUUUGCGCAACGACCCAGCCACAAUUAACGAGCUCCGCAAGAUGAAGCAGGAGCCCGUGAAGCCGCAGGAGGGCCGCGCCAUGGCCGAAAAGAUCAACGCGUUCGCCUACCUCGAAUGCUCGGCCAAGAGCAAGGAAGGCGUGCGCGAGGUGUUCGAGACGGCCACCCGCGCCGCGCUACAGGUUAAGAAGAAGAAGAAGACUAGGUGUUCUCUGCUGUAAUUGUGCCGUUGUUGGGAGACUCUGAUUUAUGAAUGGUUCGCAUACUGCCUGAACACUUACGUUUGAAACGACCGGGCUGCAGCCGCGCCGCGGGCUCCGCCUGCCGGCGCCGAGUCUCGCCGCUGCACGCACAUCCACUCAGUAUUCGUGUGGCUACACUUUCACAAUUGGUACUUGUAUAUUUUAUAGAUUAUCUAUAAAGAUUAAGCAUAAAUGCCUUAACAAAUGUAGUCGGGGACGAAAGUGGGCCCCCUGUCUAUGGGCCCAUGGAAUUUUUGUGCUAUUCUGUCAAGUUAUAUAAUCAAGUAGCAUUUCUUCCUGAAUAGAUUAUUCCUAGCGCCCGUCUCAAUGAGACUAUUGUUUAGUUUCAUAUUUUGUAUUUUAAUUUUUCAAUAAAAUAGUGAUGUAUAAUGUGUAGGAUGUUUGUUUGACUCGGGCGCCCUGACGCAGCCAAGUGCCUGUCAGCUGAUGCGUCUCUGAGACGUCCAAUCAAUCUGAUUCUUCUCGUGUAGGGCAGUUUUUUUGUAAUCUAUUUGUUUGUGUGAAAUCUUAACUUCUGUAUGAUUACAUUGCAUGCUAAUAUAAUUUAUUAGUAAUAAACGAACCCCAUGUUUUAACAA